AUGGUGGAAAGCAUGAAGAUAGAUAUAGAUAGCCUUGCAUAUACUCUCCUGAACACGCGCGGGAUCCCUCCCCAAGAAGUGGAUGCUGCGAGAGAGAUGCUAGACGAGUCUGAACGUCUUCGCCUGCAGCUGCGCUCUGCGGGUCUGCAUACCCUCUCGGAAUCUCUGAGCAGCUCUUCUAGCGGCCUCAGAGAUGCCCUGAGACGACGGACGGGCCGGAAGCCGAGCAGAAGCGCCAGCUUGCCGAGUAUGCUAUCGCGGAUGGCGAUUCGUGGACCGCCUCCGGCCCCAAAAGCCACGCAGGCACCACGCCAUUCUACCCCUUCCGUCUCGUCCCUGGAUCCUCAACAACCAAGGGGUGCAGAAGGCACUGCUUCUGCGGAGCAGUUGGGGGCGCGUCCCAAGACAACAACUGGCAGCAGCACACUUUGGUCCUCCUUACGCCGCCGGGGGCAUGGAGCUGUGACGGAGGACAGCGCACGCCCAGAUCCGACCUCUCCCGGACGGCGGUUGCCUGGAAUACCUGAAUCGGGCUCUCAGGUGCGACAUAUUAACGUUCAGGAAGUACUCAGUCUGACAGCUUCCAUGAACAGAUGGGCGACUAAGUGUAGGGAUUCCUUGAAAUCUCUCCAUAGUGCCUCCGCCAGAGAAGCGUCUCUCGACGGUAUUGCAGCACAAGGAAUUGUGGUGUACCGUGAGGCCACUAGUGUAAGGAUGGAUCCUUCUGUCGACCGUGAAUCUUCCCAAUCAUUUGCAGAUGGGUUAAAACUCCUGAAAUCUUUGCUAAAUGAAGUUCACCGUGUACUUAUUGACUCCUGGCUGGCCACAAUUGCUAAGUCGCGCAGUGCGUUGACGACGGCUCGGUAUAACCUACAGACGUCUGUAAAGGAGACUGUCCCGGGUAGCCCUCCCAGAGCUGGAGGGCCGUACAUUGGCGAUGUAUGCGCGCUUAGAGCUAACGUGGACGCGGCAAAGCGGACUUCAGAGUCGCUCAGUCGUCUCCUUGGUGUACGUUCAAGCCAUCAGCGACUUUCCGACGCGUUGCAAGGUCUUGACAGCGUCUUGGUAAUUGCCGAAAAGGAGUUGCAAUCGGCGAUUAGUUCGGCUGCUCAGAUGUGGAGAACGGCGCUGGAGGAUGCUGAGGAGGGCAGACAACUGCUGCACUGUAAGGAAGUGUCGCCGGCCGCAACCAAGGGGCGUUGCGAGCUGCAGGAGAGUCAAACGAUCUACAGUGAGAUUGUACGGAAGACGGCCUUUCAUCCAGUCUUCAAGCGUCUUGCGGACACCCGGUUUCUACUGGAAGUGCUGUACCGGUUCACGACGGAGCCACUGGAGCCCACCCCACCCCCGCACCGUCCCCAACCUGCUCCAUUCUCAACUCCCUACGCCCUUCGUUUUCACCGGAGGUUGGUAGGAGGACGGAGGGGAAAUUGCAUUUUCUGCCGGCUCCACGACCAUGCCAAGAGGCCCCACUGCACGUCGGUAGUUCUGAAUGAAUUAGAAAUCAUGCGGCUGUUGCUCCCUGUGGUAGCCUUGGUUGCCUCGGGUCUCCAGGCCGAUGCCCUGGCCCCGGUUGAAGGGGAUCCUCCUAAUCUCCCUGUUUUCCCAACAGGAGACGCAGAAGGCCCUUCCUUUUACUCCCACUCUCCACAUCCCGUCUCGCCUCAUUCCAGGAUUCACCACAGGCGAUCGAUAUCGGCUCUUGUUCUAAUCGUCCCAAUAGUUGCUGUGGUGUUCCUAAUCUACCAAUGCAUCUUGCACUUGAAGAGAAGGGAUGACCUUUUCAUAACUGUUCAAAGCAGGCGCCUGGCCGCUGGUGAACAAGACCCAUGCAACCCACAUGAAGGAGAUGAAGGUGGUUCUGAUCCGUCCAGCUCACCAGCUGGCGGUCCCUCUCACGCCAGGCAGCUCGGUGCAUUACAGCUCACUCCCGCAGAUACGGCUUGUUUGACUUCGGAAGAAGUCAUGGCAAUCGGAGAUGCGGACAGAAUUUUACGGAGUUCUAUACGUAAUAUUCAAGGCCUUGAGUCGCAGGUAGGUACGCUGACUGCCACAGCGGCGAAUUUGCGAAGCAUGCUGGAUGCGUCACCAGGAGAGGGAGGCCCUGAAGCAGAACGAAGGAGUGAACUGGAGAAAAUGCUCCAUGGAAACUCCCAACAAACAGAGGCACUAAGGAGGGAACUAAAAGACAAAAAACUUCACUGUAAUGGGAUGGCGUGGACGGAGGGGCAACAAUCAAGGUCUCUUUUGCUCAGGGCGCGAUUUUUUAGAAGUGGACGGCUUCUGACUGGGCGUGCAGCUGCUGCGUUGGUUGCGCGGGAUGUUGUCCUUGGAGUACCUUCGAGUGAUAUAUUUGACGAAGCGCUAAAGUUAGCUUUAUCUACGCUGGUGCAUCGCCUUCUGGCUGAGGGGAGCAACUGCCAGGGUCUCCUCUCAGGAGACACAUUCCCUUCAGAUGAAGACAUACAACGCGCAAAAGCGGCUCAUUCUGAUUUACGAAAUGUGGCUUCCCAGCUGCAAGUGGUAGAUGCGAUGUAUGGGACAACGGGGCACCUGCAGCCAGUCCGUGAAAGCGCAAAAUCACUGGGGGCGGCACUCGAAAGAUUCGCGGAAGGUCCGGCUCAAAAACCACAAGCUCGGGUUAGCGUGACACCAUAUGGAGGGGGGCAAGUGACCCCCGGUACGGCUCCCUCCCCCGAAUGGGCCGUCAUUCGAGCUUGGGAGCACCGGGGCCGGAAGCGUGGCAUCUUUUCGGUUCUGGCUUUAGUGGUGGUAUGCCAGCGCCCUCUCAGCGCCAACCUGGGGCCUCCAGCACACGCGGAGGGGGCCAAGUGA